CUUCCACGGCAAGGGUUCCCUUCACUGGCUUCUAAAAUUUAACAGCUGCGUUGUUGCCCCUACUUCUGCUUUCCCAGUCCUCUCCCAGUGAACGCUCGUAAACCUCUCCCUAGCUGCUUAACUCAAGCGGAAUUUAUCCCCAUGCGCCAACAAGGCGGCGCCUAAUGUCCACGGUAGAUACUUAUUAAAUGGCAGGCCUCUGACCUCUUCAUCUUUGCUUCCCCCUCUUUCGUUUUCUGCUCGUUUUGUCGAAUUGUCACCUGUUCUUGGCUCCUGCCCUGGAGGGAUCCCUUCUGAAGAUCAUCCUGUUUUUUCAUACUGCCCUGCCCCACGUUCUCUUUCUGCCCCGUGUCCAAUGCAUGAACCCCACAAGAUGGAAACCCUUCCGACUGAAGUCUUCAACGAGAUUCUCGAUCAAUUCGAGCCUGGCCUCCAUGAUCUUCCCCGAGCAAACCCGUGGGCUCGCCCACGACCCUACAAGCCUGAGCAUAUAGAUUCCAAACAAUAUUUUGCCCGUUUGCGAUUGGUGUCUAAGAGAUUCAGCGAGCUGGCUGCGCCGUAUCUUUUUAGGAGUAUAGGAUUAAGGUUCAAUUUGAAGAGCUUCGGCAGAUUGGAACGUCUGUCGGACCAGCCCAAGCUUGCAAAGCAUGUUAAGAAAUUUGUGUACCUGAUGCCGUAUCUCUACGUGGAAGGUAAGGUGGAAAGCUCUGCUCAGAUUACCGGGGUUUCUAAAAAUUGACACAGCGAUCCAGGAACCCAAGAUUUUGAGACCUUUAGAGCUGAUCGUGCCAUUCGCCUGCCCAAUAAACUCCGCCAGAUAAUGUUCGAGGACCGAGAACCCUUUUACUAUCCCACCGUGUACAAAGAACAGCAGGAUGUCAUGCGUGGAUCGUAUGAUCAGUUCGUUCUAAGGAAGGCAAUGAAAUCUUUUACAUCCCUACAACAAAUCCAACUCCUGUCUGUGAUGGUGCACAAGGACAUCGUUUUACGAAAUUUGGCUUCUAGCAUUGACAAUUGGGAAUUCAUCGACUGUCGCUGGAUCCCCGCGUGCAGCCAUGCGGUGGAGACAUUAUUGCUUGCAAUACUGUACGGGAAACCACCGGUUAAUUCAUUUUCGAGUCCGACGUUGAGCCCUCAGAGUUUGUUGGCGAUAGGCUCUGGGAUGCAACAAUCGGCGCUAGCGAGCUUUAAGCAACUAUCCCACCUGGAUGUGACCUUUGACGAGAGGCCCGACCGCAGCUACUUGGACACUGCCACGACCCAGCUGAGGGGUCAUAUAUCCCCAAUCUCUGAAUUCUUCAGGCAAUUUUGCAUGUGUACUGUGAACUUGACGACACUAUAUCUGAGAUUCACACCUGGACUGCCUGUACGGCUUCCGCUGGAAGACGUCUUUCACAAUACUGUUUGGAGCAAGUUACGGAUUCUCGGGAUAGGUUCGUGGAUGCUGAAGGCCGAGGAGGUUAUUGGCAUUGCCAAAAGACACCAGGGAACUUUGAAGGGGAUACGAUUAUCAGAGGUUUAUUUGGCGGAUGGGGACCGGUGGAGGGAUGUGGCGAUCGCACUAAACACACAUAUGAAGAAGCUCGACUGGGUGAGCUUUCAGGAUAUUGGCUAUGAGAGUGAAUACGUGCGGAAGGUGGCCUACGUCGAGACAUACAGCGACACAAGUAGUGAAGAAGAUGAGGACGACAGCCUGGAAAUGGACGCCGAAAGCAUUAGCAGUAGCAGCAGCCACGUACAUCCAUCACAGGCGGGGGACGACGUGAUAUACGGAAAUGUGUUCACGUCUUCGGAGGAUGCUGGGAUAUCAAGUGACACAAGUUCACUCGAUGGUGGUGCUAACGCUGGCGUGGGGGGUCUUGGAGAAAGGGAGGAAUGCGAGCCCGAUGAGGACCUGGAAGACUACGGCUUGACGGUUACUCAGGCUCAGAGAAAACAUUGGGAACGGUGGAUAGUUGGAAAAAAUGUAAAUACGGGUGAGCCGUACACACGGCCUCUAUAGCAGCAGGGGGGAGAGUUGUUUAGAGAGCUUAAUACAAAAACCGCCUCUGGCAAUUAUCUUCACCCGC